AUGCAGAAUCCACAUCCUCGCCACCGUCAGGCAUCUGCUAGCUGCUUGCUGGAGCUCGACGAUCCGGAUGCCACCGAGAAGUGGGCCGCGGAACUCCUUCGGGAGUGUGCGAGGGCCAUAUCCGAGAAAGAUUCAGGUAAGAUUCAUCGCCUGUUGUGGAUGUUGAAUGAGCUCGCAUCUCCCUACGGAGAUUGCGAGCAGAAGCUUGCAUCGUAUUUCCUGCAAGCUCUCUUCUGCAAAGCAACUGAGUCGGGAGAGCGUUGCUACAAGACGUCCCUCUCGGUGGCAGAGAUGAGCCACUCUUUUGAGUCCACGAGGAAGGUCAUCCUCCAGUUUCAAGAGGUAAGCCCUUGGACAACGUUCGGUCACGCAGCAUCCAAUGGCGCAAUCUUGGAGGCUUUGGAAGGAGAAGCCAAGCUUCACAUAAUCGAUAUCAGCAACACCUACUGCACUCAAUGGCCGACGUUACUGGAGGCCUUGGCCACCCGAAACGACGAUAGUCCGCACUUGAGGCUGACAGUGGUUGCGACGGCCGGCGUCGGCGGAUUCGUCAUGGACGAGAUAGGGCAGAGAAUGGGGAGGUUUGCGAGGUUGAUGGGAGUGCCAUUUGAGUUCCAUGUGAUACGUGAUUUGUCGAGGCUAGACGAGCUGAGAGAAGAGGAAUUAGGGUUGCGAGAGGGGGAGGCCGUCGCAGUGAACUGCAUCGGGGCCCUGCGACGUGUGGGCGUCGAACAGAGGCAAGCCUUCAUACGUAUGCUGCGCACGUUACGCCCUCGGGUGGUCACCGUGGUGGAGGAAGAGGCUGACUUCACCAGUUGCAGCGGCGAGUUUGCCGUGUGCUUCGACGAGUGCUUGCGGUUCUACACCACGUACUUGGAGACGCUCGAGGAGAGCUUUCCGCCCACCAGCAACGAGAGAUUGGCACUGGAAAGGGAGUGCUCCAGGAGUAUUCUUAGAGUUCUCGCUUGUGAUGGUGAUGGGGUUGGAGACUGUGAGAGGAGGGAGAAAGGGAGCCAGUGGUGCCGAAGACUAAUCGAGGCCUUCUCAUCCAACAGCUUCAGCGACGAUGUCGUCGACGAUCUGAAGGCGUUGCUGAAGAGGUAUCGGGGAGGGUGGUCGCUCAUGCCGGCCGAAGGAGAUGCCUCAGGCCUCUACUUGACGUGGAAGCAGCAACCAGUGGUGUGGGCUUGUGCUUGGAAACCUUAGAACCAGGUUGAUCUUCUUCGAAUCUCCUUCUCUGAUUACUCUCUUUCUUAAGAUCCUUAUUCCCAUCCUCUUAUGUUUGAACUCUGAAGUAUCUGUUGUGAUUUUUUCCCUGC